GAGAUAUAUUUGAUUUUAUGUGCAAUGGAUUCUAUCCUAAGCAAUGCCUGAGCAAAUUACAGCAAAUGAACAACGUGGAACAUAGAUAGGUGUAUGAUUUCCAAACUCAUCCAGUCCAGAACCCAAAUCCAAAUAAUUUCCAAAUUGCUUUACCGUUAGGAGAAAAAUUGUGUUAAACAUGAGGUGGUUGUUUGUAAACAAUAAUUAUUGUUAAGGAAUGUCUAAAUUUGGAGCAUCAAAUAUACAAUAUUUAAACUGGAAAAUUUAAAUAGCUUAUGGGUUUAAUAGAAGAUGAAUUAUCAGAAGUCAGAAAACUUUGCGAGCAUACCAUCCAGGGUUGCAAGCUUGUAUCAUGUGUGCAGUCCAUGAUCCGAGCAGAGAUACAACGAACAAAUUUUAAAAAAAUCGUUAUAUGCAUACAAUACCCCAAGGAUUACCCUAAUUAUCCUUUACUUAUUGAAUUAAAAAGUAAAACUUUUUCUGAAAAGCUCCUAGCUGGCCUUACUACAGUUGUUGAACAAGAAGCUAAAAAGUAUCUGGGGAAACCCCAAGUUCUUAAAGUUCUACAGUUUGUAAAAGCAUUCAUCGAUGAACAUCCAUUAGCUUGUUGCUAUGAUGAAAUAAAUAAUUUAAAGAAGAAUUUGAAUGGCAGUCAAGAUGAACUAAAACUAAAACAAAAAACAUCAUGUCUAUAUCUUAAAGUUUUCAAUGAGUGUUACUAUUUAACCAGUAAAGUUGUGAUACCAGAUCAAUAUCCAGAUGUGGUCAUAAAGUUUGAAGAUAUUCAGAGUAAUUUUUCAUCUACAUUCAAUCGUCACAUAAUUGCACAAGUAAAAGAGAUUGUUCGUAGAUGUGUGGAGCCUCCUUUAAGGAAACCUAAACCUAAUGAACCUCUAUUUAAACCUAAACCUUCAUUAGAGAAAGCAGUUUUUUUUUUAAUUGACUGUAUUAAGAGACUUCCUAAGGAAAAUUGCCAGUUUUGUAAAACUAAAUGUUUUCCAGAUGAUCCUAGUUUGGUUGUUUUGGAUGAGAAUUCGCCAGAUCAUAUCGAAAGGGUUUACUGUGGUCACUUAUACCAUCAAUCAUGUUUGUUUCAAUAUCUAAAGACACCUCCUUUUGGAAACAAAAGAUGCCAAACCUGUGGUCAGAAAAUCUGUCAUCCUAAAUGGUCACUCUCAGAUAAGUUAGCAGAAGACAGAUGGGCCCAUGAACAAGCUAGAGAACGUGAGCUGGCUGAAGUAGAAGAAUUUUUCAAAUAAAAAGAAAAUUUUCUGUAAACAUUAUUUUAACUAAAAUAAUUUUAGAAAAUGUUAGUAGU